UCAAAUCAUUCCAUAUGAUGAUCAGAUAGAUGGAAAUAAGCUUUUAAAUCUGGGUAAAGAUCUGAACAAUAUUAAGGCUGAAGAUACAUAUGUGAGGGGUGAUGAGCAGAUCAUAGAGGACAUUCCCACAGAUAACCACCCAGGUUCCUACAAUAUAGGAUCCGCUCAGCGUAUAUCUUCUAUAUAAGAUCAUUCUCCUGAUUGGCCCAUCAAGGAUGGAUAGGGAUGGGGACAAGAUGGCAGAGAGUAUAAUAAAUCUCACCCUAGAGAUCCUCCUCCGGCUUACUGGAAAGGAAUACACAGUAAUGAAGAAGACCUCUAGUGAGCAUUGUCAGGCCCCGGUACCUGAAGGACGGGGAGGAAUCCUGAGCCUAAUAUCCAGGCCGACACCUCCCGUCCCGAUACAUGAGAAAGUAAACAGAGAGAUGAUCCUAGAGCUCACCAACAAGAUCAUUGAGCUUCUGACUGGAGAGGUUCCUAUAAGGUGUCAGGAUGUCGCCGUCUAUUUCUCAAUGGAGGAGUCUGAGUAUUUAGAAGAAUACAAAGAUCUGUACAAGAACGUCAUGAUGGAGGAUCACCAGCCACCAAUUAAAGAAGAGAGAACAACUCCCAGUCCUCUUCUUCUACAAGAUGAGAGAUGUCCUAUUCCUCUUCUUCUACAGGAUGGUUCAGAAGAACAUCAAAGCAUUCCAUAUGAUGAUCAGAUAGAUGGAAAUAAGCUUUUAAAUCUGGAUAAAGAUCUGACCAAUAUUAAGGCUGAAGAUACAUAUGUGAGGGGUGAUGAGCAGAUCAUAGAGGACAUUCCCACCGAUAACCACCCAGAUUAUUGUACCAGGAGCUCAGAGGAACAUCUUAUAUCUUCAGAUUUUAAAACAGAUGUUUGUUUUGUCACAGAAGAUAAACCGGAAGAGCAUGCCAUUGUCUCAGAUGUAUUCUCAGCAUUUCACAGCAAAGAUCUAUCAUCUGAUCCUUUGGAUGAAUUCAGAUAUCCUGAUUCAUUACAGACUGUUAAGCUAAAUAAAAGUCACAGAAGAAGCGUUCAGCGUCAAAGAACUCACACAGGGGAGAAGGCUUUUUCAUGCUCAGAAUGUGGUAAAUGUUUUAACCGCAAAUCAAUUCUUGUUAUGCAUCAGAGAAUUCACACAGGGGAGAAGCCAUUUUCAUGCUCAGAAUGUGAAAAACGUUUUAUAUGUAAAUCAGAUCUUGUUAAACAUCAGAGAACUCACACAGGGGAGAAGCCAUUUUCAUGUUCACAAUGUGGGAAAAGUUUUAGCCGUAAAUCACAUGUUGUUAUGCAUCAGAGAACUCACACAGGGGAGAAGCCAUUUUCAUGCUCAGAAUGUGGUAAAUGUUUUAAAACUAAGUCACAUGUUGUUAUGCAUAAGGAAGUUCAUAAAGAGGAGAAGCCAUUUUCAUGCUCAGAAUGUGGAAAAUAUUUUAAACGUAAAUCACAUUUUGUUAGGCAUCAGAAAUUUCACAAAGGGGAGAAGCCAUUUUCAUGUUCAGAAUGUGGGAAAGGUUUUAACCAGAAAUCGGAUCUCAUUAUUCAUCAACGAAUCCACACAGGUGAGAAGCCAUUCUUGUGUUCUGAAUGUGGGAAAUCUUUCACACAGAAAGCAGAUCUUGGUAGACAUCAGAUAAUUCACACAGGGGUGAGGGCAUUUUCAUGUUCAGAAUGUGAAAAAAGUUUUAGCUAUAAAUCGGAUCUUGUUAAACAUCAGAGAAUUCACACAGGGGAGAAACCAUUUUCAUGUUCAGUCUGUGAGAAAACUUUUAGCCGUAAAUCACAUCUUGUUAUGCAUGAGAUAAUUCACAUAGGGGAGAAACCAUUUUCAUGCUUAGAAUGUGGGAGAUGUUUUAAACGCAAAUCAUAUCUCGUUAAGCAUGAGAAAUUUCACAAACGGGAGAAGCCGUUUUUAUGCUCAGAAUGUGGGAAAUGUUUUAACCUGAAAUCGGAUCUUGUUAAACAUCAAAAAAUCCACACAGGGGAGAAGCCGUUUUCAUGUUCAGAAUGUGAAAAACGUUUUCAAUAUAAAUCAUAUCUUGUUAGACAUGAGAGAAUUCACACAGGAAAACUCAAUUGUCAUGUUCAGGAUGUCAGCUCUAAUUGCACUGAGAAUGUCCCUUUACUACUUGAUUGACAGCCAGCCAGGCAAGGUGAGUACGCAGGAAUCUGGCCCUGUCAAUCACAGAGGAGAGGGAAGGGCUGACAAGAGAAGCAAGAAUGCACAGAGUGUUUAGGCCCCUCCCUCAGUGCACUUAACUAGUAAUGUGCUUAGUACUUAAGUACUUAUGCAGAAUGAAGCAAUGGAUUGUUAAGUGAAAGGUAUCAUUACAUUCAGCUGAGAUAGCUCUACAAGGCAGUAUGUCUGGUUUACCAGUGACUUUCCUGGUGACAGGCUACAUAAAAAAAAAAAAAUCAUGCUUGUGGUAGUAGCUUCGGGAGGCAAGAGAUCUUUAUCUCCAGAGUGCCAACUGAAGAAGAGUUUAUCGUAUGUGUGAACGAGGUAAUCAGGUUAGAGAAGGGAGUAUAUCAUAAAAGAGGAGCAGAUAAAAAUUUUCACUCUAUUUGCGGCCCCUGGCUAAUGACACCAGGGUUACCAUCAAGGCGACUGUUGCAUGUCCGGAUUGGAGGGGGCAAUACUUAAGAAGGUUAGGCCAAAAUCGUGCUGUUCUAGGGGGUCUGCGGGAUACAUGUUUGCCCGUGGUAUUUACCUGUCUACUAAGAUAGGCGAGAUCUGUAGUCUAGGUGCGAUGCUGUUCAGGGGAGGGUGGUUAUGGUUUUUUUUGCCCUGAAAUUGUUAGUUAUAAUCUAUUGUCAAUAUACCCGAAUUGGGUCUUUGUACAAAGCUUUACAAGAUUAUAUGUGUUACUUGUGUAUUUAUAAAAAAAAAAAAUCAAUAAAAAGAUCUUUAUCUGACACUACAUUUGGAGGUGGUCAGGCACUUUGGGGGUCAUUUAUGAAGCUGAAAUACGCCUAUGUACAGAACUGCCGUGCACUUUGUAAAUGGUACAGUGACAGGCCCAUACUACUUGAAUAACCUCAUUAAU